UUUAUUCUCCUAAUCAUUGAUCUUCACAAAGGAGUCGUAAAUGUCAUGGACUCGAAACGUAAAGAACAUGCGGAAUGGGCGGACAUGGCUGCCAUCCUCCAGAGGGCUUGGAAACGGUUCAUCAAUACUGUUCCGGGUAAAUGGAAACCGGAGCUUACAUUUCAAGAUUACCCUUGUAUGAGGCAGGAACCCGGGAAUAACUUAUGUGGAUACUACGUCUGCACCUUCAUUCGUGACAUGGCCUGUCCCAAGGGUGGGGAUGCCCGUAUACACCAUACUCGUAUGAUACGCCUGCGGGACACUCUCAUAACGGAGGAUCAAAUACGAGCAAUUCAAGAGGAAAUCGCGGGAUUCUUUCUUACCGAGGUCAUUACCCCAGGUGGAGAGCACUAUCGGCAGAUCGUGACGGCGGAGGAUAUUCGUCGAGGAGAUGUUGUAUUGUAAAUAUGCAUGCAUUACGUGUACUGUUGACGAUGUCGUGUACUGUUGACGAUGUCU